AUUUUCCGAUAUUCAUCCCUUUCGGCCCACGGCUGCGGGCCAUGUUCAAAGUAGGUCAGUGAGAGAGAGAGAGUCGGAGAAACUGGCUUGAAUUCACGUCACUGAUGAUUGACCUAGUUAUUGACCUCAGUACACCUACAUAUAGCAAUUGGAAUUUCCCAGUCCGGCGCCCACCAUCUUGCCAUUAGGCAUCAUUCUCUUGUUGUUGAGUUUAUUUGAUUGAUUGAUUACUCUUCAAACUCACACGGUGGUCUUCUCCGACAGCUGAAUGAAUAUGUAGUAUUUCAAACCCUAGUUCAUUCCACGUUGGCAGCAAUUCAUCUCAAACAUGGGUUGUACAUGGAAAGACUUGAUUAAGAUGAUGAUGAUGAUAGUUGCUUUAAGCUUAUUUCUUCUGGUUGGGGAAUUGCAAGCAACUGUCUCCUCUAGCUUGUUGAUACAUUCAAGUGUAUGCUCCAUACAUCACAUUAGCUUUACAGAUGAUCAUAAUUUCUUUUUUAUCAAUGGAGAAUUGGUAGACAAAGAUUUGUUCUGCAAAACCCUUAAAUAUCACAAUGCAAAUGGCUGCUUCAUCAAGAAUGGCGACAGAGUAGAUUGCUCUAAUUGGAACCUUUCAUUAGGUCGAAAACUUUUGCAAGGUGGAGAUCAAGAUUCUGGCAAACCUAUAUUCACACCAAAGAACUCUGUUAUAGCAGCAUCUGGAUUUCUAUUCAUUUGCUGUGGAUUGCUUUGUCCUUGCUAUUAUAGGAAACAAAAAUCGCCAGAGCAUGCUGUUAUCUCGAAGGAUCCAAGUUCCCAUCACUCAGUUUCCUCGGUGGAACUGAACUCUGUUUCUGACAAGCGUCCCAACAGUCCACUACGCAUACCACCUGGAAGUCCAUUUCGAGUGCCACCUGGAAGUCCAUUUCGGGUGCCACCUAGUCCAUCUAGGUUUUCCAUGUCCCCAAAACUUAGUAGAAUUGGAUCUGUCCAUCUGAAUCCGAGCCAGGUCAGUAAAGCAACAAACAAUUUCUCAAAAUCGAUGAUAAUUGGCGAAGGUGGCUUUGGAGUUGUGUACAAAGCCCAGUUACAGGAUGGCCUGAUGGUUGCUAUAAAACGUGCAAAAAAGGAAUAUUUUGAAGCUCUAAGUGCUGAGUUUCACGGUGAAGUUGAACUUCUAUCCAAAAUUGAACAUCGAAAUCUGGUGAAACUGCUCGGAUUCGUAGACAAAGGAAAUGAACGUCUUAUCAUAACGGAGUACGUUCCCAAUGGUACCCUGAGAGAACAUUUGGAUGGCUUUCAUGGUAAAAUUUUGGAUUUCAACCAGCGUCUUGAAAUCGCGAUUGAUGUUGCUCAUGGUUUGACCUACCUCCACCUUUAUGCAGAAAAACAAAUAAUUCACCGAGAUGUAAAGUCAUCAAAUAUCCUUCUAACUGAAGGCAUGAGAGCGAAAGUGGCUGAUUUUGGAUUCGCAAGGCUGGGGGCAACAGAUUCAGAUAGAACACAUAUAUCAACCAAAGUUAAAGGGACAGUGGGUUAUCUUGAUCCAGAAUACAUGAGAACGUAUCAACUAACUGCUAAGAGCGAUGUUUAUUCUUUUGGGAUUCUUCUGAUAGAGAUAUUGACUGGACGACGUCCUGUGGAGAUGAAUAGACCAGUGGAGGAAAGGGUGACCCUUAGAUGGGCAUUCAAGAACUUCGAGAGAAAUGUAUUGGAACUGGUGGAUCCGUUAAUGCAAGAAAAGGUGGGUAGGAGUAUAGUGGUGAAGAUGUUUGAGUUAGCGUUUGAAUGUGCUGCCCCGACAAGAUCUGAUAGGCCAGACAUGAAAACCGUGGGAGAACAACUUUGGGCAAUUAGGAUGGCUUACCUUAAGAAUGGGAAGAGUGGAUUAUGAUAAAACAAAAUAAAUAAAAG